AUGCCAAGGAAGAACGCCGCCGCCGCCAAUGAAGCCGUCGGCCCCAGGUGCUGCCCCAUCCUCCUCCCGGAGUUGCUGGCCAGCAUCCACGACCGCCUGGGGCUGAUCGACCGCAUCGCCUUCGCUGCGGUCUUCGCAGCGUCCUGCGACGGAGACCUAUUCAAGCCGUCCGCUCCGUGGCUCCUCCUCCCCGGCAAGACCACGGAGACCGCCGAGCUUUUCUCCGUCGCCGACCGGCGGGCCACCACCGUGCGCGCGCCGGACCCUGCUUUGCGCGGCCACUUCGUUGUCCUCGGCUCCUCCCGCGGGUGGCUCGCCAUGGCCGACGACCUGGGCCAGAUCUACCUCGUCAACCCCGCCACCGGUGAGCAGCAAGAGCUCCCGCACAUCACCACCAUGGGCGUCUUUCUGGAUCACAGGUGGCCUAAUGACUCCUUCUCGGUGCAUCUACUGCGCUUCCUGACCAUCCGGUACGGCCGCGGGCCGCCGUUCCCUGAUAGUUUCUUGCGGCCUGGGGGGUAUGGGACCUACUCGUUCAGCCCCGAGCAGAUGUUCUACCGGAAGGUUGUCCUGUCCCCGUGCCGCCCCGGUAGCUACGGCACCGCCAUGCUGAUUCUGGAGCGACUUUUUGGCGCCCCGGCCUUUGCCACUGCGGAGGCUGGCGUGUGGAAGCUGGCGCGGUCGGAAGACGGAGUCGAGGACGCCAUCCACCACGAUGGCCAGUUUUACUCCAUCUCCUACUCCGGCGUCGUCGAGGCCUGGCAGCGUGACCCGGAAUCCGGCCAGUACAAAAGCACGGCUGUCGCGUCAAGGCUGACUAUCGAAGAAGGCAGCUCGACGUGCCCUCUCAAGUACCUGGCGGUGGCGCCAGAUGGGCGGCUGAUGGUGGUGCUCAAGUACGGCCAUGUGACGAAGAAGCAGUAUGGUCAGGGCCGGUGGACGUGUUCCUUCAAGGUCCAUGUCCUCGGGGACGACGGGCAGUGGAAUGAGACAAGGGACAUCGGCCACGUCGCGCCGUUCAUUGGAGUGAACAACUCGCUGUGUGUCCCGACGAGGGGACGCCCGGAGAUUGAGGCUGGCUGCAUCUAUUUCACCGACGACAGACUUGGGGAUGCAAUGUUUCGCUUUCGCAAUGAGUUGUCCUCGCGGUCCCACGGCUCUGAGGAUGAUGAUGAGUCUGACGUUCGCUCCGUUGGGGUGUACAGCCUCAAGGACGGCACAAUGAAGAAGAUGGAGGCGCUUGAGCAAGAGUACCGCAGAUGCCGAUUCUUGUCGCCGCCGCCAGUGUGGAUCAUGCCUUCCAUCCCAUGA